CCCGAGUGGAGCACCAUGGGCACCGGGGAGUUUGUCUGCAUCUCCAUGACCGGAGGGGCUCCCUGGGGCUUCCGCCUGCACGGUGGCAAGGAGCAGAACCAUCCUCUACAAGUGGCCAAGAUUCGUGGCAAGAGCAAAGCCUCAAGGUCUGGUUUACAAGAAGGGGAUGAAGUGGUCUCUAUCAAUGGCACCCCAUGUGCAGAUCUCACCUACUCAGAAGUCAUCAAACUUAUGGAAAGCAUCACUGAUUCUCUCCAAAUACUUAUCAAAAGACCAUCAAGUGGAAUAAAUGAGACCUAUAUCCCUGAGACUGAAAACAAAGAUCAUGACCACCUUGUACAUGAGGACCAUGUGGAGAGUACCAGUCUACAUAUUUGGCCCCACUGCACCCAAGCCCAGAGGGCAUCUCCUGGCCAGAAAGAUGAAAGCAACCCUGAUUUUUCAGGAGAAACCAAGCCAAGCUCUCAAAUAGUUUCGCACCCCCUGAGAAGACCCUGGGCUGAGCCAAUAGCCUUGGGGGAGACAGAAGAAGGCAGGCUGGGAGCUGUAGUGGAAUUGCAAUUGUCCCUCUCACCUGACAGACACAAGGACCCUGGGGCUUUGGUGGGGACUGUUCCGGGAGGAGCUGAAAACCAUCCCUCCCCUGACCCUUACCCUAACCAGUUGCAGGGAGGGCUUGGCCACGGAACGUCUGCCUUCUCUGAUGAGAAAGAGGAUUCCGGUCAGAGGCCCAGAGACAAGCUACUUCAGCUCUCUAGUGGCAGAGAGUUACAAGGCACCCAGGGGAGAGAGGCGGGAGCCCCUCAUCUCUCCAGAGCUGAAGUCAUCAUCAGUUACUCCUACGACAGAGAGAAGGCAGAAGGGUCCAACUGGGCAGGAAGAAAGGGGUGUGGUGAUUUUCAAGUGGAAGGAGGGCGGGCUGAAGCACCUCCUUCUGUGGUCUCCUUUCCGAUCUCCUCGGAAGGCAUUGAGCAGGGAGAAGAUCAGCAGAUCUCAGAAAGGGAUCACCGACGGCCCCACAAGCACCGAGCUCGGCACGCCCGGUUCAGGAGGAGCGAAAGCUUGUCCGAGAAACAGGUGAAAGAAGCCAAGUCCAAGUGUAAGAGCAUUGCCCUCCUCCUUACAAAUGCCCUCAACCCCAACUCCAAGGGGGUUUUGAUGUUUAAGAAACGCCGCCGGAGGGCGAAGAAGUAUACCUUGGUCAGUUACGGCACCGGAGAGCUUCAGCGGGAAGCAGACACCGAAGAAGAAAGCGAAAAAGACGGGGUUGUGGAAGUCAAAUUCACGAGCGAGUCGGAGGUGGAUGAAGAGAUCGUCUCGGACGCUGACGACGAAGAAGCCCCGGUGUGGACCCCGGCCUGGAACUCUGGCCUGGUAGACGCUGAGAAGAAGCUGAAAAGUGGAGACAAGAUGCAGAUGCUGCCAGACAGCUCGGGGAAGGGCGUCCUCAUGUUUGCCAAGAGGAGGGAGAGGAUGGACCAGAUCACAGCUCAGCAAGAGGAGGUGAAGGCAGAGGGAGUGGCCCGCCGGGAGUUCGAGGAUGGCCAAGCAGAUGGGCUGAGAACAGUCACUUCCUACCAGACGAGAGAAGAAGAAAGCGUGAGGAUGCAGAGCAACUUGUGUAAAAGCUACCUUGAAGGAGGCCACAUAGCUCAACAAAAUGGUUUCAGUGGAGCCCCGGAGCUGCCAGAGGCUCACAGAUUGACCGCCUCCAACAGGACGGCUAAGCCCUUCCCAGGAUCGGUAAACCAGACGGCCGUGCCAUUUUCCCCAACCAGAAACCUAGCAAGUCCUCUAUAUGACUUUCCUGCUCCACCCCCUUACUCGGCCGUCACCCCUCCUCCGGAAAUAUUGUCCAGAGGGGCGACCAGCCCUUUAGCUGCCCCGGCCCAACCACCUCCAUGGCCCCAGCCAGCCCCGUGGGCCCAGCAGGCUUUCUACGAGCCAACCGAACAGAUCGCUUCCCGGGAUGAGAGAAUUGCCGUUCCAGCCAAGAGAACGGGCAUAUUGCAGGAGGCCAGGCGGAGGGGCACCUCGAAGCCCAUGUUUACCUUCAAAGAGACGCCCAAGGUCAGCCCUAACCCUGAACUGUUGUCACUUGUGCAAAAUGCAGAGGGCAAGAAAGGCACCGGGGCCGGGUUUGAGUCGGGACCCGAAGAAGACUACCUCAGCCUUGGAGCAGAGGCUUGCAAUUUCAUGCAAGGCCACUCUUCGAAGCAGAAGACCCCACCUCCCGUGGCUCCUAAACCCUCGGCCAAACCCUCUCCUUCUCAGCCAGUCACUCCCAUCUCUCCAGUCUGGUCUCCAUCGACUGCAGCUCCUAGCCAACCUCCUGCGUUCCCUGUCUCAAACCAGGCCCAGGGAAUCAACGCAUCUGCCAUUAAAAUAGCUCGACCUGCUUCGACCACUUACCAGCCCCCAAGCACUCCGAAUGUGGCGGGUCCCUUCAAAGGACCCCAAGCAGCGGUGGCCAGUGUCAACUACGCACCCAAGGCUACACCUGCAGGAAACGCUACGCCAGUCUCUGGGACGGGACCAUCCAGCGAAUUGCCACAAAUGAGCGGUAAAGGGGCCCAGCUCUUUGCCAAGAGGCAGUCUCGGAUGGAGAAGUACGUGGUAGACUCAGAAAAAGUACAGGCUCACAUGGCGCGGGCUCAGUCUCCGACUCCAUCUUUACCAGCUUCUUGGAAAUAUUCCUCCAAUGUUCGAGCCCCUCCACCUGUCGCUUACAAUCCAAUCCACUCUCCAGCCUACCCUCCAGCUGCAAUCAAGCAACAGUCUGGAGCUUCAGCGGCCUCCAAACCAACCAAGAAAAAGGGGAAGAAGCCUCUCAAUGCUUUAGAUGUCAUGAAACACCAACCCUAUCAGCUCAAUGCGUCUCUCUUUACUUUCCAACCUCCAGAUGCCAAGGACGGCCCUGUCCCAAAGCCACUGGCCAAGCACAGUCCAGUCCCAGUCUUGAAGCCGGCUUCUCCUUCCUCACAGCCAGUCAAUGCUAGCUCACCCACCACCUUCCGAGCUUCCUCCGUGUGCUCUGUGCCAGCCUACAGUUCUCAACCUACCUUCCAUUCGGAGGCUGCUGCCACACCAGUUAGCCCGUCCCCGGUGCCCAUAGGCCUACCCACCUCUCCCAAGCCCGAUUCCGCUCCCGCAACUUACUUCGUGGCUCCGAGGCCCAAGUUUUCAGCCAAGAAAAGCGGUGUCACAGUUCAGGAUGGCGGACAAUCCUUACCACAUUUUGGAAGACCUGUUGCAACCACCACAUCUCCCAGUUCUUUGAUGUUCCAACCUUCCUAUAUUAAUCCUAGCAAACCAGCCGGUGAGCCUGCUAAAGUCAACAAGAGACUCACACCUUGGGAAGCAGCUGCUAAGUCACCCUUUGGCCUUGUGGAUGAUGCCUUUGGCCCCAGAAACAUCCAGGAAUCCAUCAUGGCCAAUGUAGUCUCUGCUGCCCAUAGGAAAAGCUUUCCAGAGCCAUUUGAGGACUGGAAACCAAGAAUUUCCUAUGCACCCCAGGCUCAGAAAACAAACCUGGGUCCACUCUACAGGAGGGAGAAUGGCAUCAUCCCCAAUCUGCCAAAAAACACCAGGGCAAUAUCUUAUGCCAACAGCCAGUAUGAUGCCCCAUUGCCAUAUUUCACCUACUAUGGGAAGCCCUCUAGGACUGGGUUUGAAAGAAUGACCAUGGAGACCAAGUCUGAGUAUGGCCUCUCCUUCAGUGAUGGGAACUACAAUCCACAUCCAAGAGGAUGGAAGCGUGAGACCUGAGAAUUCUCCAGGUUACAGAGUAAAGAAAUCCUCCCAUUCUGUGCUUACCACAUCUAUCUUUUCUAAUAGCUUACUACAUCUACCACUUCUAAUUGCUAAAUCAUGGAACAAAUCAAGAGACAUUUGCUUGUUUCAACCAAUUCUGUAGGACGUGAAAAUAUUUUAUUCUCCACAAAAGAAAUAGAUUUGGACUCAUAUGGCUCUGAGAAUCUUCUUUAUGAGAAAUUUGUUUAUUUUUUUGGUCUUACUCUUCCCUACCACUCACUCAAGAAAGGGAUGGAGGAAAAGAGAUACCAUUUGUAAGAAGAAAAUGCAAUUGUCUGAUUUGUUUCUGGAGUCCUCAGUCUAAUUUUCUUUAUGUCACCAAUACAUUUCCCAGCAGGGCUAGCAAUUCAUCUCUGUGAGAAUUGAAAAGGACUGUGUUCAGGCGCCAUAUGUUGGAAUAUAUGGGAGCUGUUGGAAUACACAGGAGCUACCUGACAGUGGCUGCUAGAGAUCCAACCCAGACCUACAGAACGGAUCUCCUCUUGUGAGAGGAUGCUACAAGGAGACCGAGAAGCAUUUGCUAUUUUCUGAUCUCUCUGACUGAAAGACCGUUGCAUUGUCUGACCUCUCUCCUCUUCCCUCUGCUGCCAAUUUAUCUCAUUCCCAGUCUGCAACACCUGUGUCAGCAAAGGCUGCCUUGCAACUCCUUCAGAUGUUAUGAUCCACAGUUGUGGAGGCUCUCGGAGAAUUGAUUUGUCCCUUAAUAGGACUGGGUCUUCCAUCUGACCUUUGUUCUACCAUGAGUUAAGAAAGGAAGGAAUAUUCUGGUACUUCUAGAUCUGUUAUUGGAGAUCCACAACAAGGAAUCUAAUUUGGGAGAGGCUUUCAAAAGCAAUACAUCAGUGUAGUUUGUACAUGAAGGAAUUCCCUGGGGAUGAUUUGUAAAAAAUAUUUUGAUAGAUUAAUAUUUAAUUAAAUUAAAUUUUCUUUAAAAAACUGGUAGAAGUUACAGACAGUCUGUGAAAGAGACUAUUGAAAUGAACAUUUUUGGAUAAGGUCACUAAGAAUGCCAGAAGAAUGCCAGAAUUAUUUUUGAAAUCAAUAGAAUAAUAUACCUGAAGUAGGGAAAGAUUUGCAAAUUGUAUAAUUUCUAAUUAAUUUAUAUUUAACCUUCUAAGAAUGAAAUAGGUAUAAGGAUAGGGACUGACUACAUUGAUAUAAAGGGCUUCUCAGGGAGUCAAUUCCCUUUACCAAGUAAGUUGGAAAUUUAUUUGCAAUUAAUAGUUUUAGAGAGCUGCCUGAGGCAAUGAAAGGUUGUGAUUUGUGGAGGAUCACACAGUCUACAUCUGACAGAGAGUAGAUUGGAACUCAAGACUUCUCAUCACCCAAGCUGACUCUAGCCAUUACCCCAUGCUGCGUCUAAAGAAUGAAAGCAACUCUAGCAAAAUAAAUAUGGUGGGUUAUUCAUGUCUUUUAUUCAUGAUAUAGAUAUGUUUCAAUCUCAAGGUUAAUGAGGCCAUGAAUGUCAUGACAUGCUUUCUUCUCUUUAUCCAAAAGAAUUAUGAAAUGGAGGUUUUUUGUUAUGUGCUAUAGGGUGUGAGUGCUGAUGUGAUGGAGAGGAAAAGAUCCUAGGGGAGUUGUCAUGUAUUUUAACAGGGCUAGGAAAAUAGCCAAUUAUAACUAUUGUCACUGUCCGUGGUAGCUAGUCACUGAGAUGUAGAGAAAGUUGUUGGCCAACAAAUCAACCAGCACAAAUCAAUCAACUAACUCCUAACAGCUAAUAACUUGGAUAAAUUGAUAGAUGGUAGACAGGUAGAUGAUAGAUAAAUAGAUAGAUGGUAGAAAGAUUAUAGACUGAUAACUAAUAGACACAGAUAAUAGAUGAUAAAUAGAAAGACAACUAGCUAGAUGGAUAGACUGAUGGAACAUUUAUUAAGUGCUUACUCUGCACAAGACACUACAUGAAGUACUAGGGAUGCAAAUCAAAGAGAACAAGAUAGGCUGGGCUUGCAAGGACAGGAUACAGGAUCAGAAAUUUUGAGAAUGAAGGAAUCUUAGAGGUAAUUUAAUCUGAACACUUAUUUUUCACAGGCAUAAAGUGAGGUCUAGAGAAGCACAGUAACUUAUUUUCUUAAGGCCAAAAAGUCAGUGGAAGGAAAAGAUUUGUUCCAGGAUCCCUGACUCCCAAUGCAUUCAUUGACUUUUUUUUUUUACUACACCAAGAAACUGAAGCUCUAGUUCAUAAAUUAUAAAGUAAUCAAUGUGACUCUGGAAUUAGUCAUUAAAUGUGAGAGAUGAAUGGCAUCAUUGGGAGAGAUCCUUAAAGAAGAAUGACAGAGCUCAGAAUCCCUGAUGAGAUCCCGGGUGUCAGUUUGAGUAGCAGAAAACAAGGUCCAAAUCUGACUCAGUGUCUCAGUUUGAAUUUUUUAACUGUGAAUUUAAAAAACACUCAGAUGAUAAGAAAUUAAGGGUUUUUAUUUGGUAUACAUAAGUGCUUAGGAAGCUAAGCCACUGUAGUGAACUUUUCUUCUAAGAAAUGUCAUUUUCACUGGUCUCUUUCACUGAAUGUAAGUUUUAAAGGGAAAAGGAAAAGCCAAUCCUAAUGUUUGCCUUGCAGAAAUGUAACAUUGGCAACAUCUUUGCUAUCAUCACCCAAAAAUACAGGGAUCAAAUGGGGAUGAUGGUGAGUGUUGUUUUUAAAGAGAUGUUAAUUGCUGAGAAGAAAGAAGAUAUAGCACAAAUUCUACCAAAUACAGAAACACGCAUAAUAAUGGGGAAUUCUUGAGAAAUUCUUGGCAUGGUGACUGCCAGCUCCAUUUGUCAGCCCUUCUCCCACUGGCAACCCUUCUCUGGACUCAUCAUGACUAUCACAAUAUCAUUCAGCUGUUCACUGACUCAGUUUGGUGUGAGGAUAUUAAGAGUUCAGCCAAAAAGACUUUGCUCCCCAACCUGCAUGCUUUGCUUAGCUACUAAAUAAAUGCUACCACUUUUGUCCUUUAAUCACUGAUAGUAGUUAUAGUAGCCAUGACUAUUCCUGUGGUAUGCUAGAGAAAGACACAACCAUUUACAAUAUCAAGUUUCAUUUUUUUCAGUUUCCAGAAUGAAAUAGAUUCACUCACUGCCUCAAAAGUCCCAUUAUUGAUGUUUUAAAAAUUCAAUUUAACAAGCCUUUUAAAAAGUGUCUACCAUGGACAAGUCUUGAGGCCAGGUAUUGAGUAUACAAGAGAAUAAAUAAAAUAAUCACCAUCUUCCAACAUCUUAUAUUCUAUGGGGGGAAAUUACAUAUAUAUAGAUUAGAUCAGGAAAUGCAAGGUCAAGACAAAGAAAAAUAAAGUUAUUUCAAAAGUAACAGAGUCCUGAUAACUGAAAGAAUCAGAAAAGGAUUCAGGUGAGAAGUCAAAGGAUUGUGCUUUGAAGGCUAUUGAGGUUUCCAAGAGGUAGAAGUGAGAAGUGAAUGAAUUCCAGAUGUUUACUUCCUUUUAACACUAUCCUCCAUCCAAAGCCUUCUUUGCUAUAAAGAAAAAAAAAUAAUCAGAGUCUGAUUGUAUAUCGCAUAUUCUCCACCAUUUUAUUGGAGGGAGAGAGCACAUUUUACUUUUAAGUAUCAUUACAGAAUUCUGCUCUCUUUGUCAAACUUAGUUUAACAUCAUUAAUAAUAAUUAUCUGAUUAUCAGUCUUCAAACUUUAAGAAAAAAGCAAUACUUGAGAAGCAAAGAAUUCCAUCUUUACCAGAGAGAAUGGACACACUCAUUGGAUUUCUGUUAAAAGAAGACUUUAGGGGCAUCUAGGUACUACAGUGGAUAGAGCACCAGCCCUGAAGUCAGGAGGACCUGAGUUCAAAUCUGACCUCAGACACUUAACAGGUCCUACCUGUGUGACUCUGGGCAAGUCACUUAAGCCCAAUUGCCUCAGGGGGAAAAAAAGCAAAAAAUAAAAAUGAAUUUUCUAUCAUUGAUAGAAAGUCAUAUAUACUUGACAGAGAUGACUCCAAAAUGGAAAAUGGCUCAAGUAAACAGCUCUGGAUCCUCUUGAGAUCUAAAGAUCUAUUUGGUGAGCAAGAAAUUCACUCUACCUAAUUGUUCCAUUAGAAUUAUUAAAUUAAAGCUUGAGAAAUGGAAGAGGUAAAUACUGAAACUCCCUGAUUUGAGGGAGGGAAAAAUUGAAGUUCAGAGUGGGAACCUAACUUUUGACCUGGAAGGGGGAUCAUUUACUACAAACUCCUUUUACAUAGGAAGUUGAGGUUCACCUGGAGAAAAGAAAUGAUUUAACAAGGUCAUCCAGAGAGUAAAUAGUGGAGCUGGGAUUUGAACUAUUGUUUUCAGAAUCGAGUCUAGUACUCUUUCUACUUCCACAAGUUGAAGAAUGAUCUUAGGAAAGAAGUGGAAACUGACAUACUGAACCAAUAUACUUUCCCUGGGACCUAUGGCUUCGUAAGGACAGUGUCCUCUUGUGGUAGGACUAGCUUCUUCCAGGUCCUCCCCAGAGCUAGAGAAAAAUGCAGCUUCCUAGAAGCAAGGCAGGUACUCAUUCAGAAGCAUUGUGUUUUAAUUCUAGAGAUGCUAUUCUUCCAUCUUCAACUUAACACCAAACUGAAUCCCAUGUGGCUAUCUGGGAAGUCUAUUGAAUUAUUACAUGUUUAACUUUUUCUUUCCUUGUGUGUUUUAUGAAUGUACAAAUCUAUUCGUAGGUUCACAGAUUAUAAGCUGGAAAAAGCCGGCAAGGUCAUCUAGUGCAACCUCCUCAUUUUAUAAGUGAAGAAACUGAAUCAGAGGGAAGGAAUGGGACUUGGCCAACAUCCUCUGGCUGUCAGCAGCAGAGCUGAGAUUUGAAUCCCCAUUUGAAUCCCCUUUCUCUGAAAAUAAAUUCCGCACUCUUUCUAAUCCACACAACUUUAUUCCUUAGAAGCAUCUUUUAGUUAUAUCCACAAAGCACGUUUUAGCUUUCAGAAGAGCAUGCACCUACACUUCCCCCCUCCAAAGGUAUAGAUAUAUAUGGCCUGAACAAAUACCAACUUGCCCACAGAUAGAUUGCAUGAAAUGGGAUCAGGUGGCUGCAGAUUCAGCUCUAAUUAAAGCAAAGGAAAUUAUGCAAAGGCUUGCUUGUUGUGAGGGCUCACUGCUCAGGUUUAGUUUCUGAACAAUGUUCAUCACUGGUUUCCAUUGUAAGAGAUUCCUUACCAUCUAAAUGUCUGAAUCUUAGCUAAAUCUAAUUGUGAUUUCCACUUACGUUGAUUUAUCACCAAUGACUGGGUUUGAAAGGUGCAUGUCAAUGAUGAAAGUUGCAUUAAUAAAAAUUAUCUUACCAAAAUUAAAUAAAA